CCCUGCUCACACUCUGUCUCUGUCUCUUAAAAAUAAAUAAACAUUAAAAAUUUUUAUUAAAAAAAUUAAAAAGGGGAUAACAGUUUUGAGAUUUGCUGUGAUUUAAUGUACAGAGAGAAGCACUUUUUCUUCUUCAGGGGAAAUUUGAUAGAAUUUAUAAAAAUAUGAGAAUUAAGUGAGUCCUGCAUCCACUGGGUGCAAAGGCAGUGGUCCCAGACUGACAACUGAUGUUAUCUGGGAGGUUAAACCCUGGUGGCUCUACUGAAGUUUCAAGUCUCUGCAGCCCCCUAGUGGCCACUGAUUGUAGCAGAAGAUUCAUAGUUCUCGACAAAUUACUCCAGUCAAUUGGACUUUGGACAAGAAUUAUGUAGAGAAUAAGGAAUGGAGUUGGGGAGUGAAAGGACCUACAUUUGAGUCUUUUAAACAUUUCAAAUAGAAAAUUAUUCUUCUAUCAGUGUGCACACCAGUGAAAGCUGAUGAAAAUGAAAACAUAUAUGGUCACAUACUAGGAAAGUAUCAACCAACAUAUCCUUUCCAAAUAUUAGCUCCCAUGCCCUUUCCUUCCUCUUCUCUUUCUCUUUCUCUUCCUCCCUCCCUUCCUCCCUUCCUCCCUUCCUCCCUUCCUCCCUUCUACCAAAGUACAAGCAUCCAUUCUAGUCCUUGGGCCAAAGCAUUCUUUGCCCUUAAACUUUUAAAGUCAGUGUACCCAGUUUGAGUUCCAGGGAGAAGCCAGUUACCUUGUUAAAUUAAGUGAGUUACCACACAUAGAGCAGGAAGCAAAUCAUUCCAAGGAUCAAUUUUCUUUUGUCAUUAGGUCUUUCAGUUGCCAAAGGCAAUGCAACAGGCCCUAAGGAACCCAGCCUGUGAGAGCAGAGGCCCUGUUUGGCUACCACCUCCUGUGAGUUAGUGGACACAUUACUGCAGCACUCUGCAGUUCAGCGAGGGAGAUUCAACUCCACUCUAUGCUCUGAUUCUAUGAGAAAGCUUCUCUGCUGUCAGGCUAUGAGCUCCUCAAGACAGGAUCUUGCCUUAUGUUUUGCUCUGACAGCACAAGGCAUGACAAUCAACCUUUGAGAAGAAGGAAUGGAGGGAUUUGUGUGAACUGAAGACUACAGUUCUGUCUCUGGUUCUAGUGAACCACUUGUUAUAAAUACAGCUAUUCUCUGAGUUCUGUAUUGGAAACUCUGGAGAGAUAAAGGGAAAAAGGUACUAGAGGUACAGUCCUUACUUCACAGAUGAAUAAAAAAUGUUCUUUGGUUCUGAACUCUUGCUCCCAAGGCUAUGAGCAAGUAUUCAGUCAUUAUUCCUUCCAGCUAAGUCACCCUUCAGAUCUUCUUGGCCUGUUAUUCAUGGAGAGAUAGGUAAAGCCGCAUGAAUAAGAGUACAAGAGUGAGGGCCUGGGACGCACGUAUGACUAUGUGACCAAAGGAAAAUCAAUUACCAUCUCUUCGACUCCGUUUUCUCAUCUCUAAAGCUGAAAUUUAAAAUAUUUACCUUGCAGAGACGAAAGGAGGUGACACAUGUUCAAGCACCGUUUUGAGAAAACACAGGGUAACUGACAAGUCUGAAAUGUAUUUGCUGCAGCUGAAGAACUCUUAAGCGAUCACCGUUACUCUCUACCUCCACGCCGCUAACUUUUCUCAUAUCGAUGGCAGAACUGUCAGGUUCCCAGGAAUGCGUUUAAAUAAUGGAAGGGUCACAGAAGAUUCUGUCUCGGGGCCUAUUACAAGCUGCUCUCCGUUUUGGCAAUGUCGUGCUGCCCCUCCUCCCACUCCUUUACCCCUCGCCUCCAGUUUUAUUUCCGGAACCAGCUUUUCUGAAGUCGGACCCGUUUUAAUCUUUUAAAUGCAUAAUUAGGGAGAGUGCUUGAUUGCAAAGGCCUCUUUCAGACCUCCCAUUUAUCCAAAACGCUCUCCUGUUCACAUAACAGAGAAAUAGGGCAGGGAAUCUGGAGGAAGGGGAGGAAGGAGGGGAGAGUGAUGGAGGGAGGGUGAGGCGGGCCCUGCGCUUUUCUCAAUGAAUGCCGAGGCCUCUGCAGAUUUGCAUAGGGGCCUAUCUCGCCACGCCAUUGGAUGGCGGGUGCGAGCGGGGCGGGGCGGGCCUUCGUGAGCCUGGCAGCAGCGCGGAGUUGGCCGUUCGAGCUCCGCCCCCGCCCCGGUCCCGCCCCCUCCCGGCUCGAGCUCGCGCCUCAGCCAGCUGCAAGUGGCGGGCGCCCAGGCAGAUGCGAUCCAGCGGCUCCGGGGGCGGCAGCGGAGGUAGCAGCUGGCACAUCCUGUCGCCGCUGUCCGGAGGGUCGCGCAGCACUGAAGCUCCUUCCGGCCGCCCUCUGCCCAGCCAACUGAAGCCAAGGGGGCUGCCAAUGGGUGAGGAGGGGGCAGCAAGAUUUCGGGCUCUUUUGCACAGAAUGCUUUCAUUCGGCUGCUGCCGCCGGGGCCGCUUCGGUGCCUGAGAACUCUGAGCAGACGAAACGCGGGAGGAGAGCAAGGACGCUGCAAACUUGCGCCGCGGCGCCCUGAGCCUCCACUUCACAUCGCGGGGGCUUGAUUCAAGCCCAGAAGUUCAGCGGGCAGUGCAGUCCGCAGACUUCCCGCUGCGGAGGGUUGCAGGAGGGUGCCCGACAAAGCAACCCCUUCCCCCGGUUUUUCCCUACACUGAGGAAGAGGAGCUCAGAAGCUCAAAGAAGCGCUGGGGAAGGGGCUAGAACAGCAGAACGCUCCGAACCAUCGUUCCCAGCUGGAAAGUUGCGGACGUAUUGGAGGCUGCUGGAGAGCGCGGACAGACCACAGCUCAAGCCUCGGAGGGCAGUAGAGGACUCCAUCGCCACCUCCCUUCAACCAUAGUAGUUUCUCUUGUUCUGGAGCGCAGUAAGCUACAGACGGGGGCGCGGCACGAGUCGUGGCGCGCCAGAGGCACAGGGUCCCAGCUGCUGAGCCCGAGGUGCUCAGGGUCUCUUGACACACCCCUGAGCCUCCAGCCCCAUUUUAUUGAGACUCCCGCUUGCCUCCUUGCAGUUGGAGGGAAGCUAGAGAAUCAAGUGGACGCCUAAUCCCCUAGAUAUCAGGUGGAAGGAACUGUUCAGGACCAAGGACUAUUCGGAGCCCCUUUUCAUUUGAGGGGAAGUGAAGGGCGAGGCUGGAUCCUGGAGAGUCGGGAGACUAGUAUAAACAACUCUUCUCUGGCGGAAUGGGAGCCUUAGGGCUCCUAGGGCUGCUGCUACUGCUGCUUUCAGCGGCAGCCUUGGGCUCCGGAACCGGAACCGGGACCGGGACUGGCACCGGCCAUCUCGCCGGCUCACCCGCCGUGGGACCAGCUCUGCAGCCUCGGGAGCCUCUCAGCUACUCACGUCUGCAGAGGAAGAGCCUGGCGGUGGACUUUGUGGUGCCCUCGCUUUUCCGUGUCUAUGCUCGGGACCUGCUGCUGCCGCCUUCGUCCUUCUUGGAGCCGAGGGCCAGACGGCCUGAGGCACGCGGCUCCUUGGCUCUCGACUGCGCCCCACUACUUAGGCUGGUAGGGCAACCGCCCGGGGUCUCCUGGACGGAAGGCUCCAGCUCGCCAGCCCCUGCCCAGGCACGGACGCUGACCAGGGUGCUGAAGGGCGGCUCGGUUCGCAAGCUCCGGCGCGCCAAGCAGCUGGUACUGGAGCUGGGAGAGGAGGCGAUCCUUGAGGGCUGUGUCGGGCCCCCAGAGGAGGUGAUUGCGGGACUGCUCCAGUUCAACCUCAGCGAGCUGUUCAGCUGGUGGAUUCACCACGGCGAAGGGCGGUUGAGGAUCCGCCUGAUGCCAGAGAAGAAGGCUUCGGAAGUGGGCAGAGAGGGAAGGCUGUCCGCGGCGAUCCGUGCCUCCCAGCCCCGGCUUCUCUUCCAGAUCUUGGGGAUCGGUCACAGCUCCUCGGAGUCUCCGACAAACCUGCCUUCUCCUCCUCCUGAUCCUUUUGUAUGGAAUCUGACCUGGAUAAUGAAAGAUUCCUUCCCUUUCCUGUCUCAUCGCAGUCGAUACGGUCUGGAGUGCAGCUUUGACUUCCCCUGUGAGCUGGAGUACUCCCCACCACUCCACGACCUCCGGAACCAGAGCUGGUCCUGGCGUCGAGUCCCCUCUGAGGAGGCCUCCCAGAUGGACCUGUUGGACGGGCCUGAGACAGAGCACUCCAAGGAGAUGCCCAGAGGCUCCUUCCUGCUCCUCAACACCUCAGCAAACUCCAAGCACACCAUCCUGAGCCCAUGGAUGAGGAGCAGCAGCGAGCACUGCAGCCUGGCUGUCUCAGUGCACAGGCAUCUGCAGCCUUCUGGGAGGUAUGUCGCCCAGCUACUGCCCCACAACGAGGCUGGAAGAGAGAUCCUUCUGGUACCCACUCCGGGAAAGCAUGGUUGGACAGUGCUUCAGGGAAGAAUUGGGCGACCAGAGAACCCAUUCCGAGUGGCCCUGGAAUACAUCUCUAGUGGAAACCGAAGCUUGUCUGCAGUGGACUUCUUUGCCCUGAAGAACUGCAGUGAAGGAACAUCCCCGGGCUCCAAGAUGGCCUUGGAGAGUUCCUUCACCUGCUGGAAUGGGACAGUCCUCCAGCUCGGGCAGGCCUGCGACUUCCACCGGGACUGCGCCCAGGGAGAAGACGAGGGCCAGCUGUGCAGUAAACUCCCUGCUGGGUUUUACUGCAACUUCGAAGAUGGCUUCUGUGGCUGGACCCAGGGCACGCUCGCACCCCACACCUCCCGGUGGCAGGUCAGGACCCUGAAGGAUGCCCGGGUCCAGGACCACCAAGGCCAUGCUCUGUUGCUCAGCACUACUGAUGUCCCUACUUCUGAAAGUGCUACAGUGACCAGCACUACGUUUCCCGCCCCGAUGAAGAACUCUCCAUGUGAGCUCCGAAUGUCCUGGCUCAUCCGUGGAGUCUUGCAGGGAAACGUCUCCUUGGUCCUGGUGGAGAACAAAACUGGGAAGGAACAAAGUAGAAUGGUCUGGCAUGUUGCCACUAAUGAAGGCUUGAGCCUGUGGCAGUGGACAGUGCUGCCUCUUCUCGAUGUGGCUGACAGGUUCUGGCUGCAGAUUGUUGCGUGGUGGGGGCAAGGAUCCAGAGCGACCGUGGCUUUUGACAAUAUCUCCAUCAGCCUGGACUGCUACCUCACCAUCAGUGGGGAGGACAAGGUGUCACAGGAUACAGCACCCAAAUCGAGAAAUCUGUUUGAGAGAAACCCAAACAAGGAGCCGAAACCCUGGGAAAAUACACCAAGAGAGACCCCCAUCUUUGACCCUACAGUUCACUGGCUGUUCACCACGUGCGGGGCCAGUGGGCCCCAUGGCCCCACACAGGCCCAGUGUAACAACGCCUACCGGAAUUCCAACCUGAGCGUGGUAGUGGGAAGCGAGGGGCCCCUGAAGGGCAUCCAGACCUGGAAGGUGCCAGUCACCGACACCUACAGCAUCUCGGGCUACGGAGCUGCUGGCGGGAAAGGCGGGAAGAACACCAUGAUGCGGUCCCACGGUGUGUCUGUGCUGGGCAUCUUCAACCUGGAGAAGGGUGACACGCUGUAUAUCCUGGUCGGACAACAGGGGGAAGACGCCUGUCCCAGCACAAACCGGUUAAUCCAGAAAGUCUGCAUUGGAGAGAACAACGUGAUAGAAGAAGAAAUCCGCAUGAACAGGAGUGUGCAUGAGUGGGCAGGAGGGGGCGGAGGAGGGGGCGGAGCCACCUACGUAUUUAAGAUGAAGGAUGGCGUUCCAGUGCCCCUGAUCAUUGCAGCUGGCGGUGGCGGCAGGGCCUACGGGGCCAAGACAGACACAUUCCACCCAGAGAGACUGGAAAAUAACUCCUCGGUUCUGGGGCUGAAUGGCAAUUCCGGAGCCGCAGGUGGUGGAGGUGGCUGGAAUGAUAACACUUCCUUGCUCUGGUCUGGAAAAUCUUUGCUGGAGGGUGCCACCGGAGGACAUUCCUGCCCCCAGGCCAUGAAGAAGUGGGGGUGGGAGACAAGAGGGGGUUUCGGAGGGGGUGGAGGGGGGUGCUCCUCAGGUGGAGGAGGCGGAGGAUAUAUAGGCGGCAACGCGGCCUCAAACAAUGACCCCGAGAUGGACGGGGAGGACGGGGUUUCCUUCAUCAGUCCACUGGGCAUCCUGUACACCCCAGCUUUAAAAGUGAUGGAGGGCCAUGGGGAAGUGAAUAUUAAGCAUUACCUAAACUGCAGCCACUGUGAGGUAGAUGAGUGCCACAUGGACCCCGAGAGCCACAAGGUCAUCUGCUUCUGUGACCAUGGGACAGUGCUGGCUGAGGAUGGCGUCUCCUGCAUUGUGUCCCCCACACCUGAGCCCCACCUGCCGCUCUCGCUGGUCCUGUCUGUCGUGACCUCAGCCCUUGUGGCGGCCCUGGUCUUGGCUUUCUCCGGCAUCAUGAUUGUGUACCGCCGGAAGCACCAGGAGCUGCGAGCCAUGCAGAUGGAGCUUCAGAGCCCUGAGUACAAGCUAAGCAAGCUUUGCACCUCCACCAUCAUGACUGACUACAACCCCAACUACUGCUUUGCCGGCAAGACCUCCUCCAUCAGUGACCUGAAGGAGGUGCCUCGGAAGAACAUCACCCUCAUCCGGGGUCUGGGCCAUGGUGCGUUUGGGGAGGUGUAUGAAGGUCAGGUGUCUGGAGUGCCCAGUGACCCAAGCCCCCUGCAAGUAGCUGUAAAGACGCUGCCUGAGGUGUGUUCUGAACAGGAUGAACUGGAUUUCCUCAUGGAAGCCUUGAUUAUCAGCAAAUUCAACCACCAGAACAUCGUGCGCUGUAUUGGGGUGAGUCUGCAAGCCCUGCCCCGAUUUAUCCUGCUGGAGCUCAUGGCGGGAGGAGACCUCAAGUCCUUCCUCCGGGAGACCCGUCCUCGCCCGAACCAGCCCUCCUCCCUGGCCAUGCUGGACCUUCUGCACGUGGCUCGGGACAUCGCCUGUGGCUGUCAGUAUUUGGAGGAAAAUCACUUCAUCCACCGGGACAUUGCUGCCAGGAACUGCCUCUUGACGUGUCCAGGCCCUGGCCGAGUGGCCAAGAUCGGAGACUUUGGAAUGGCCCGAGACAUCUACAGAGCGAGCUACUACCGAAAGGGAGGCUGUGCGAUGCUGCCGGUCAAAUGGAUGCCUCCAGAAGCCUUCAUGGAAGGAAUAUUUACUUCUAAAACAGACACGUGGUCCUUUGGAGUGCUGCUGUGGGAAAUAUUUUCUCUUGGAUACAUGCCAUACCCUAGCAAAAGCAACCAGGAAGUUCUGGAGUUCGUCACCAGCGGAGGACGGAUGGACCCACCUAAGAACUGUCCUGGGCCCGUAUACCGGAUAAUGACCCAGUGCUGGCAACAUCAGCCUGAAGAUAGGCCCAACUUUGCCAUAAUUUUGGAGAGGAUUGAAUACUGCACCCAGGACCCAGACGUGAUCAACACCGCUUUGCCCAUAGAGUAUGGCCCACUCGUGGAGGAGGAAGAAAAGGUGCCCAUGAGGCCCCAAGACCCGGAGGGUAUUCCUCCUCUCCUAGUCUCCCCUCCACAAGCUAAACGGGAGGAAGGGCAGGAUCCAGCUGCCCCGCCCCCUCUGCCUUCCACCUCCUCCGGCAAAGCCUCCAAGAAACCCACGGCCGCGGAGCUCUCUGUUCGCGUCACCAGAGGGCCCGCCGUGGAAGGGGGACACGUUAAUAUGGCGUUCUCUCAGUCCAACCCGCCAUCAGAGCUACACAAAGUCCAGGGAUCCAGAAACAAACCCACCAGCCUAUGGAACCCAACUUAUGGCUCAUGGUUUACAGAGAAACCCACCAAAAAGAACAAUCCUCCGGCAAAGAAGGAGCACCAUGAGAGAGGAAACCUGGGACGUGAGGGAAGCUGUACCGUCCCACCGAACGUUGCAACUGGCAGACUUCCGGGCGCCUCUCUGCUCCUAGAACCGUCCUCGCUGACUGCCAACAUGAAGGAAGUGCCUCUGUUCAGGCUACGUCACUUCCCGUGUGGAAAUGUCAACUAUGGCUACCAGCAACAGGGCUUACCUUUAGAGGCCACCACUGCCCCUGGAACCAGUCAUUACGAGGACACCAUUCUGAAAAACCAGCCUGGGCCCUGAGCCCACUGGCACUCAUUUAUCUUCCUUGGGAACCCUGAGCCCGUGGAGGAGGGACAGGAAAUGGCUCCCCCACAACCAGAGACCAAACGUCGCUUUUCAUUUUGUGCCAAGUUGUUUUGAAGUGCCACAGAAACAGCUGUAUUUUCAAAAUGCUUUAGGAAAAGGUUUCGAGCAUGGGUUCAUCUCAUUCUUUCAAAAGAAGAAAAAUAUCACAAAGACAAGCGAGAAACACAAGGCCCCGACUUGGGGGCGUUUGAUGUACGCUGCCUCCUGCUUCUCUCAAACUGUGUGUGCUCUGCCUCGGUGCAGUCAGAAUUCGCUGCUUAUGUGUCUCAUAGUCGGAGUCGUGGGUGGCUCCUUACCUUGCUGAUGUGGACCGGGACCACUUGAAGAGGGGGGAGGGAACAGAAAUAAAGGAGGUGCUUGUAAUGGGCUGGCACGGGGAAAGACAUUCAUUCUUUACCGGGCGAGGAAAAAUCAGAGACAACUAACCGAAAUGUCCCUUUAGAUGAUGUCCGGAUGCUUUCGAUUGCGCUGAUUCAACGAUGAUUGUAAAAACAUGAAUCGUUACGGUACCAUAAAGAAAAUGUGAAUACACUCGUGUGAAUGAAAAGCAGAUACUCAGCGUACUUUGAAUAUGAUACAAAACACCGUACGUACAGAUCCAGAGAUUCAAACAUCCUGCUAAUAUACCUCAUGCCUUAAGAAAACCCUCCUACUAAAAAGGGGAAAACUGAGUGUGAGGAUUCCUACUGGAUUGAAAACUCAAGAUUUGCAUUAUCACUUACUUAAUUUAAAACUUUCCACUAAUUAAAAUAAACUCUGAUCCUUUAAAAGCAAAACUCUUAAGCAGCAGUGAUACAUUGAAGCAUAGAAACCCAUCCCUUCACGGGCCUAGGUAUCAAUACAUCCCCGGCCAAAACCUUCCAACAGUUUCCAUCAUGAAAGUUACCACGCUGACGUGUCCACCUGCAAGUGACAGGCGGGUCACUGGAGUAACAGGCCGUCAGUGGUCCUGAGGAGGGGUGCAGUGUCCUUCCUUCCAGUUCACCUACGUUCAUCCCCCUGCAUCAUGUGAUCCCAGUGGACGAGGGGACACACAUCUGCUCAAACAUACAUAGCAUCGUUUGUCUAGCUACCAAAUGCAGACCGAAACACAGAAUUCUUCUUCUGGGGGGCAGAGAGGAGAGGGGCUACAGGGCAGUGGCGUGCAGAGACUGACACUGGCAUGUUGUCGUGGGGGCUCUGAACUUGUUUUUCACACAUUACGUUUAUUUCCAUGAAAACGAACUGGGGACCAGUUGAAUUUGACACACACACACACCUACGCAACAAGGCUUUACCAGUGAAUUUUCACGUCGUUCUUUCUUUCUGCUGCUCCUCCGGCCCUUUGCUCAGCUUCUUUCCUGGCGGUAGCUGUGCCAAAGCAUUGCUUCGGGAGGAGAGCAUUUUCCAUUCCUUGCUAGGCUCUGAGCAUUCCCGAGCAAAAGGACUGUAUGUACAUAUCCGCCUUUUCCCCCACCGCCCCACUUUCGCCUACAUCACAAGUAUCACUUUGGAUGUGGGAAAGCCAUUCUGUUCUAGGCCAACGCUGGACAAGUGUCCAUUCUUUCUAUGGCAGAUGCCUUGCCCUAGUCAGUGGUUCUGCACAUCUGAUACCCUCACCACCACUUUUUCUUUAUCUUCACUGCCAAAAACAAUCAGUACAGUUCUGGCUCAUGCCAGGUACAAAAGUAAACAGUCCAAUUAUGUAAACAUUAAUCUAACUCAUAAACCACCUAAAGGGGCCCAAGAGUGAUACUUUGAGACGCAGUCUCCUAAAGGAUAAUGACAGGGGAGCUGACAAGAACUGCGAAGAACGAUUUCAUUUUAGAUCUGUAACACCAGUAACCAGUUAAACAGGGAGCAUGCUACAUGGCUAAACAGCCAACUCUUUAUUGUCAUUAAUGGUGGGGGGGAGGGGAGGGGGGCGGAAACUGUAUCCCUGUCUCUUCUUAAAAACUAUAAAUCCAUUACAUUUUCAGGUUGUGCCUUACUACCACUGAGUUUGAUUUGCUGAUUCUAAUUGUCUUCAUUGGUAUCAAUUUUCAUGUAAAUGAUAGUCAAGUCUUAAAAGCCUGUAUACGUGGAUAAGUAAAUAAACACCUCCACACUGA